CAGGGACCCAGAGGCACGGGGGCGGGGCGGGACCCGGCGGGCUUCGAGCGGCGGCGGCUGGGGGUAUUCGGCGGACGUCUCGGCUCAACGGGGUCCCGUGGCCUUUGUCCUGCUUUAGGGGGCAGCCAGCCUCAGGCCUUGGGGGUCAGCGCGCCCUUGGCUUGGGGUGAGGGGGUGACAAGCCGGGGCGCCAGUGUCCAGGCUGGCACUACGCUCGGGUCACCUUUUCCUGCGCGCGGAGAAAACCCUCCCCAGCCUUUGCAGUGGGGCCGAGAGGGGGCCGAGGUCACAUCCCGCCUCGGUGCCCCCGCCCCAUUUCCUUCUGGAAUCCUGACGUUGGGGCGGGAGGGACCGGACCGACAGACCGCGGGACGGACGGAACUCCCUCCCGGAGUGAGGGCAGGAAAUGGGCGGAGCCUGCUUGGCCGGGGCAGGUGCCAUGCGGGCUGAGGAGUCCGACGGGUUCCCCGGACUGCCGCGCGCUUCUGCACCAGCCCCGCCGCUCGAGGCCCUGCAAAGCCCGGAGACCAAGGGGCCUGUCCGCUGGAAGGCGCGGGCUUAGAAUAAGCCUUUUCCCACAGCACUAGGGGCUACCUCGGGGCGGUGGCCCACUGAACACACCCUCUGCUGACCCCAGACCUCAAAUUUGGAGUCACCAGGGGUCUGGUUCCUGAAAGUUGCAAGAAUGGGGGCAGAAGGUGUUAUGUCUCAUAAGUCUUACACGGGUGGGAGGACGGUGAAGUAGGAUGUGGUUUUCGCUGAUACUUAGACCCCCUAGACACAUCCCCAACCCCUGCCCUGGGUAUGGAGUGGGUGGCUGAGUCUGAGGCCGGGAGGGUCUCUCACUCUAGGGUGGAUGGGGUGAGGGCCUGGCAUGGGAACCUCACCCGCCCUGCUGAAGGCCUGUGUGCUUAAAGACAGGGGCAGGCCUGUGCCCACCUUCUGUCUCCCCACAGGCUCUGUUCACUUGCAGACACCAUAUAGAGCCCUUAUUCAUUCAUUCAUUCACAAUGAAUGUGGGGUGCCCCUAUGUAACCAGACCUGGAUCAAGACGCCUGCCUCCCCAGACUCAGCCACUGCCCACUUCAGCUUCUGCCAGACCCUCCUGGAGCACACGGUGUCAGCUGAGAGCAUCCCCUGCCACUUGCCUCGGACACCUGGCACCAGCCUCACGUGGCAUGACUCCCGCAGCCAGAGGGCGGCCAGCAGCAGGCCAAUCAAGCUCCUGCAGCAGCCCGGCACAGAGACCCCCCAGGGCCGGCUAUACUCUGACCACUAUGGCCUGUACCACACAAGCCCCUCGCUGGGUGGCCUGACCCGGCCCGUGGUCCUGUGGAGUCAGCAGGACGUCUGCAAGUGGCUCAAGAAGCACUGUCCCCACAACUACCUCGUCUACGUGGAGGCCUUCUCCCAGCAUGCCAUCACUGGCCGGGCACUGCUGCGGCUGAAUGCGGAGAAGCUGCAGCGGAUGGGGCUGGCCCAGGAGGCCCAGAGGCAGGAGGUGCUGCAGCAGGUGCUCCGCUUGCAGGUGCGCGAGGAGGGGCGGAGCCUGCAGCUGCUCAGCCAAGCUUCCUUCGGGAAAAUGUCCUAGCUGCUGCUGAGGCUCGAACCCAGACCCCAGCACUGUGACGGGAGUCCACGGCUAGGGAGGAGGUUGGGCUGGCCCCGCAGCCCCUCUUGGACCCUGCAGGAUGCCGGGGCAGCCAGGCUGGCCCAACGGACAGACAGGACCAGGAUCACACCUCCAGGCGCCUCUGGUUGUACGUUCCAGGUCGUGCCCUGGGGCUGGGUGGGUAGGGGACUGCUUGAGUGUGGCCCCACCUCCUGGGACCUGAGCCCAAGCCCUCCCCUGGUGCUGCUGGCAGCAUGUGGGGCAGCUGCCUGGAGCCAGAGCCGGUUUGGAUGUCCUCCCCAGGCUCCCAGGGAGUCUGUUUAUUUACAUUCCCCUCUCCACGUGAUGCCGUCCCCCAUCGCCUGCUGAGUCACUUGUCUGUCCACCCACCCAGCCCAGUUCUAGGUCGUUCCCCAGCACCUCCAGGUUGGCCCACACAGGUGCCAUAAGCUGCCUCGGCUCCCUGUGGCUUGUGCCCAUGCCCCUGCCAGGGCCCAGCAGGCCAACCCAUCAUCUAGAGUAGUGGCCAUCAGCACCUGCCUAACGGGCACCACGCCAAGCACUUUCAUCAUUCUUUAUACAUCGUCACCACUCCCCCUCUAUUCAUGAGAAGUAAAGCUGGGAAAGGCCCAGGUUGACCAAGCGCCAGAGACAAAAUGUGGCACAACGAGGACCCCAGCCCUGUCCAGGUGGCUCCGUGCCCAGGGCCCAGGCUCAGCAGUGCGCCCUGCCCAGGUGGCUCCGUGCCCAGGGCCCAGGCUCAGCAGUGCGCCCUGCCCAGGUGGCUCCGUGCCCAGGGCCCAGGCUCAGCAGUGCGCCCUGCCCAGGUGGCUCCGUGCCCAGGGCCCAGGCUCAGCAGUGCGUCCUGCCCAGGUGGCUCCGUGCCCAGGGCCCAGGCUCAGCAGUGCGCCCUGCCCUAUCUUUGGGAAAAUCUUGCUUUUACGGUCUUCUCCCCUCUCGCCCUCAAGAACAAGGGCCUUGUGCGUGGGCCUUCCCUUUGCUGCUUUCCCAAGAAGGCCUGGAUUCAGGAGAGAGGCCUCCCCAGGGCCACUCCCCCUACACCCGCCCAGAGGCCUGAGCAACCCCUCUCUGGGUGGUUUGGGGCUGGUGCUGCCUGGCGGAAGGACAGUGAGGGCGGCCCUGGCCGUCCCCGCUCUCUUGCGCCUCUGCCCUCUCCUGAUCCCCCUGGGGCUUCUGAAAAUCUCAGGGACAGACAAGGAUGAGCCCCCAGUCCCCUCUGUGUGCUUUGAGCCGCCAGACUCGAGGCUGUUCACUGCAGGUCCCAGGUGGAAUUUGGACAACUGACCUGGCCGCUCCCAUCCCGUAAGCCCCCACCACGGGGAGACCCUCAUCCCUGCCCCUGUGUGGCUGCGCAAGUAUUCUGCCCGCCUCCCACCAUCAGCCUUUGCCCAAGGGGCCCUUCUGCCUCUGCUUCCCUCCCUCCUCCUCUGUCUUGCCCUGGCCCACGCACGCCUGUCUCGUCUUCCUUGUUUUGCGCUCACUUUUUUAUACUCUGACAAAAAAAAAAAAAAAAAAAAAAAUCAGAAAUAAAGCUGGUUCCCAAGU